AUGAAUGCUUCUUUAGAAAUAAGAGACAAUUUCGGUAAUGCCGCAAUACACUUUGCAGCUUGGGAUGGAAACAUUAAAGUCAUUAAGAUGCUUUAUGGUCACGAUGCAGAUUUUAAUGGUAAAAGAGAAAAUCGUAAAACACCUCUAGUGUUUGUAGUUCGGAAGGAUGGUAAAAAAUCGAUAAAAGUGUUAUCGAAAGAACUAAAGAUUGUUUGCAAUGAAAUGUUCGAAUUUGAAAGAAAAAAAAACAGUCUUUGUAAUGUAAACCCUCUUGGAACACGAAGCCGACCAGGGAAUUCGCAAAAUUGUCUUGAACAACCUGUGCUCCGUGAAGUACACGACGUUAUACCGAUCCAUUAUGCGGCAGCACUGCACGUUGCAUCCUACUACGGUCUCAAGGAUCUUGUCGGACUGUUGAUAUCAUACGGCGCUUCAUUAGGUGUUCAAAGAGAUAAACGAAGGUACUCUUCAUUCCACUCUGCCUGUGAUAAUAGCCAUGUCGAAGUUUUGAAACUGCUUUUGGAUUCUCCAUCCAAUAAAAGUUGCGGCGAUAUCAACGGUACUACUCCGCUACACAUUGCCUGCGAAAAAGGUCUCUUUCCAAUAGCUUAA